UAACAAACAUGGCGGAUUAACUUUUGCUGUGCGCACUAAGUAAUUUUGAGAAGAUAUCUUACAAAGAAAAGGAAAGCCUAGCCGAGCGAGGUGAAAUGGACGUGGAAGACAGGGAGAGCCCAUUAGAUGUGGCGUCAGACAGGUCCGGACAGCUGGGUGUCCACCUCAGCGCUGAUGAGGACAAUGAGGAGGAUGGUCCAGGCCAGGAGACCUUCACUGAUGAAGAAGAGUCAGCCCUUCCUCCUGAUUUGAAGUGGUUAGAUGAGUUGUAUGAAGAGGACGAUGGUGAUAGUGACUGUGAUGGUGACCUUGCGGUUGCGGCCGUCAAUGAUGAGAAGAGGAGUUAUGCCGCGACAGCACGGAUGUUCAAGCUGAGACGAAACCUGGACCAGCUGGACUGCUUUCAUCGACAGAAGGAGCAUGACGUGUUGAAAGCCAGAGAAGAGCUUAAACUCUGUCGUCAGAACAUUGAAAGUUUGGUGCAGCAGAGGGAUGACUUGGAGAGAAAGCUAGAGCGACAGAAAGCAGCAGACAAAAGCGUGGCAGUGUUUCGUUUGCGAGCCCAGCACAAGCAUCUGUGUCAAAAGCUGCAGAGUGAGGAGGAGCUGGAGGGCCACAUCAACACCGAGCUGAAGCAACAAGAACUGGAGCUGAGUGAAGUGGAGGUGGAGCUUGGCAGGUUCUUCUCUCUCCGACAGGAGCUGCAGGAGGAGGAGCGGGUCUUCCGGGGUCUUAAGGCCCAGAAGGCAGCGACACGGCUGGAGCGGGAAAGGAAAGCCAGCCAGAACCUGCAGCUCAAGAUACAGCAUCUCAGGGAUAAACAGGCAGCCAUGCUGAAGAAAGAAGAGGCUGAAUGUCAGAAGAAAAUUGAAGAGGGCCAGGCAAACCGCAAGAUAGCUGCCAAGUACUUGAAAGAGACCAUUAAAAGGAUGCAUCAGCAAGAGGCAGAGAAGGAGCAGCAGAACAGGGAGUUACUGGAGAAGAGGAUACAAGCUGUCAAGUCACUGAAAUCUAACAUAGCAGCCACCCAAGAGAGCUUACAGGUCCAUCAAAGCAGAGCCAAAGCAAACGCCCAGAAGAAAGAGCAGCGACAGAGACGACUGAGAGAAUCCCUGCAGGCCCAAGGAAUCAACAGUAUCAAGCAUAUGUACCAACAGAAACAACUAGAGGAGAUAAAACGAAAACAAGAGGAAUUCGAGGAGAGGCAGAAGUCAAAGAGAUUGGAGAUUGUUGCAAAAAUCCUUCAGGAGGAACAGCUGGUAAAGAGCAGAAAGAAGCAGCAGGCAGUCCUGCCUAAACCCUCAGCCUCUGACAAGUUCCAAUCUCUUGAGAGGGCAAGAGAAAACCUCCUGUACCCCCUGGGUCCCAGCCCCCCACCAGCCGCUGAGGAGAAAGCCACAAUCCAGUUAAAACAGUUCAUUGACGUCAGCAGCUCAUCGUCAGCUUCCUCUGAUGUUGAGGACCCAGAUGAAACCAUGCAACAGGAAGUGGACCAGCAGAGCCUUGCUGUCAGCCUGGCUGAGCCCGAGUUCUCUGGGCUGUGGGACCAGAACUACAAGAAGCUCCAGAAUGAGAAUGACAUGAAAAUGACAUUGGUGCAGACAGAAGUCAAACAGAACGAACCUGCAGUGACCAGUGGAAAGCUCAACAUUCCUCCGAAAAAGGUUCAUGGAAAAGAGUUGAAAGGGCCUCCAUUCAUCAGUAAACCAGAGAUCAUCCUUUUUAAGGACUUUGAAGUGGGGAAAAUGUAUAAGAAGAAAAUCGUCCUGACUAACAUCAGCUACGUCACCAACCACUGCAAGCUUCUGGGGGUCUCCACCCAUAUGAGGGAUUUUAUCUCUAUCAACUUUGAGCCUCCUGGUUCUUUAUCUACUGGGAUGUCCUGUGACAUGCAGGCUGUUUUUCAACCUAUGAUCAAUGAGGACCUGGAAGGAGAGGUGCGUUUUGCAUCAGCAGUGGGUCCCUUCUCUGUGCCUGUCAGAUGCACCAUAAAGAAAUGUGAUCUGGAGGUUGACAGCCAGUUUGUUGACUUCGGUUCACACGUUGUGGGCCAGACUAUUUCAUGGACUAUCACCUUGACCAACAAGGGUGCACUGGCCACCCUCUUCAGCCUGGACACCUCCUCAUGUCUCAGUCCAGAAACUAGCCAUGUCCAGAUGGCAUCCCAGGUCUCUGCCAACACCUGCCAGGAGACAAGCAGUCAAAACACAACAUCGGACCACCAGAGCAGCUCUGUAUCCAUGGGCACCGGAGAUCUCCAACCAAAGCAAAAGAGUCAGGGGCUCUCUGAGGCGUUACAGCAGGAGCACCCAGCGGUGUCAGAGGCUUCAGCUGCAAGUCCAGAAGCAGCAGAGGCUGUUCCUGAGACUUGUGUGUCCAGUGAUGUGGAUGCCCAGAUGGACCUGAGCCACUCAGACUGCUGUGACAUAAGUAUAGGAAAUGUCAGAGAAGGAGAGAUUGGACCUUUUGAAAGCAUCAAACUGGAGGUUGUAUUCACUCCAACCAUUCCAGGAGAGGCCAAACUGGACGUCCACAUCAAAUUCUCAGACCUAUCCAGCAAACCAAUACCCAUCCAGGUGAGGGGUGUGGCAGUCAGCGUCCCUGUGUGGGUGGCUCAGCCCAGCAUUGACCUGAAGAUCUGCAUGUUUGACCGCCUCUAUCAAGACAGUAUCACAGUCCAAAGCAGAGCCAGCACAGCCUUGAAGCUGACCUUUGAGGUGUGUCCGGAAAUGAGGAAACACAUGGAGAUCCUUCCAAAGACAGGCUUCAUCCAGGCUCAAUCAAGCUUUAAUGCCCAACUCAAGUUCCUGCCGAGAUGCUCCUUAUCCAAAGAUGCCAAGAAGCUUUUUGACAGAGAUACAGGAGUCCUGGAGGUUCCAAUGACGGUGCAAGUAGCCGGGCAGGUAAAGCCAGUUCAUUUCACAGUCCAUGCAGUCGUGACCUCCUCAGACCUACAGUUCGACCGGACUGAGGUGGACUUUGGCCUCUGUUCCAUUUACCAGUCAGUCAAGAGCAGCGUUCACCUUACAAACCUGUCCCUGCUGCCUCAGGACUUUGGCUUCCUGGGUGUUCCAGAGUUUAUUGAGGUCCAGCCUAACGAUGGCUUUGGCACUUUGCUCCCACAAGAGACCCUGGAGAUUGAUCUGAUUUUCAGUGCAAACAAGGCCAAAGAGUACAAAUUCCAGCUCAACUGCAAAUCAGGAAUUAACAGAGAUUUCCCUCUGUCUUGCCGAGCAGCAGCUUUCCGCCCUCCGUUGGAGCUCUCUCAUUCUCUGGUCCAGUUCGGGGCCACAGCAGUAGGUGACCACUCUACUGCUAUACUUCACCUGACCAACCGCCAAACCAACCAGAAACAUCCCAAACAACCGAACACACCAGCGGUCAAGGACACCUUGGCUCCUGUCGCAGCCAGGCUGUUCUCCUUCACCUUACCAAAGGAUUCAGACGUCAGCAUUUUUCCUUCCGCGGGCCGCCUGCUGCCCGGAGAGAGAUGUCUGAUCCAGGUGACAUUCAGACCCAGACUGUUAGACCAGGACAUCAAAGAGGAGGCUCUGCGUCUUUUCAACCGAGCCAAGUUGCUGCGUGAGAAGGAGUUGGAGAGGAACAGACAUGCUGAACAAGAGACUAAACAGGAGGUCUCAUUGGAAACCAGUAAAGGAAAGAAGGCACCUGUGAUUCCAAAGAACAGCAAGGUGUCAGACGGAAUGAAGACAGACCAACUAACUGAAUCACCAAAUCCUGCCGACAUACAGCCGGGGUCAGAGCAGUAUGAGGAGGCCAGGGCCUCUCUGCUGUACUCCUUCACCCAAUGCUACAGUGAGUACACCAUUCCCUGCUUUGUGUCGGACGGAGACCCUCCAGAGGAAGACCGACAGGCCCAGCCAGCAUGGAGUCCCUUCAAUACUCUCCACCUGAAGCUGCAGUGUCCUGCUGUACAGCCCCCUCUAGUGGUCAUAUCCAACAAUGGACACAAUAUCAUAGACUUUCAUCAGGUGGCAGUGGGAGAAAAAGUGAUCAAGAGGUUUACAGUCCAAAACAUUUCGAAGGACUCUUUGGAUCUGAGGUCCUCAGUACUGGAUAUACAUGGUCCUUGCUCCCUUCUGAAUGCUCUCAGAUGCAUAAGACCCGGAGAAAAACACACUCUGGUUCUGGCCUUCAGUCCAUCUCUGGAGAAAAAGUACCGUGAGACUCUGGAGGUGCGUAGCCAGAAGAUGACCCUGGAGAUGACUCUGUGUGGAGAGGGUGUGAACCCUACUGUCACUGUCUCCCACCCUGGAGGUCUCCUUGACUUCGGCUAUGUGUUUGAGAAGGAGAGCACCUCACAGGUCCUGAAGCUGCACAACAGCUCAGCGGUGGCUGUGGGUUUCAGGGUGCAGCUGGCCAGCCUCUCUCCCUCAAGGCCCCAGGGUGGAGCUGACAGGGUGGACUUCCUGCUGGGCAGUUACACAGCCUCUCAGGUCCAGCCUACUGUGGGAACCCAGAACUACAGUGGGCUGAGUGUGUUCAGUGUGGUGCCAGUAGAUGGCAGCAUUGCUCCAGGACAGAGUCAAGACGUCACUGUCACCUUUCAGCCUGACCACCCGUCUGUCUACUAUUCUGACAGACUAACCAUAGAGCUCAUCAAUAAGAGUAAAGUGUGUGAGGUGGAUCUGAGGGGUGCGGCUUCUUCACAUAGCAUGUAUGUAGUUGGAGGAGACAUGCUGACAGUGCCCAUUGAAUCCCUCCUACCUCCACUGAUAACUGGCCAGUCUCAGCUCACAGCAGAGUCAGAGGUCAUGGAGAAGCCCACCAUCCCCGUGCUGCUGACCCUGCGGGCCAGCUACAGCGCAGGAGUCAUUGCACCUGCAGUGAGGGAGCUGCAGGUGGGUUGCAUCCGCUCCUCACAGCCCAAUAAGAAGAGUGGUGAGUUUCACUGGGAUAAUGUGGCAUCUCUGCAGCAGCAGGGCUUCACUGUGGAGCCCAGCAAAGGCACCGUGGAGACGGGCCAUAAACGCACCAUCACUGUCACAUGGACUCCCCACAGUGGAUACAAGCCCCAUGAGGUGGUGCAGACAUGUGUCCUUCUUACCUUGAAGGGGGAUGAGACGGAUGUUUACAGAGUCACCCUGAUGGCUUCAGUGUCCACCACUGCAGACUGACCUCUACAGUACCUGGAUGCUGGCCAGUGUGAAAUCUACUCACACACGCUGACACAACACACAGAGACGUGACACACAUUUAUGUGGCCAACAUUGACAGACAAAUUAAAUAUUUAUUACUUGAAUCUAAUUAUUAAAUGUGAGAGUAAUAAAAUGUGUUUACAAAGCUGAAUUGAACCAUAUCAUUCAACAGUGACUGUGUGGCCCUGCAUGUUCUGUUAUGUCAUGUUGUGCAGCCCAUUUACUGAAGCACCUAACUGUAAGACCUCAUCCCACCACCAGGGGGUGUGUGUAAUGCCAAGCAGGCAGCUGUGUUAUAUCAUGGCUAAGGGCGUGUCAGCUGAUGUAAGCCAGCAGAUGUAUACAGUACAUACUGUAGCACUGCUGGUACUAUACCCAGUGAAGUGAAAGGAGGCAGAGUUCAUACUGAGGCCAGACGAGGUGCAGACUUUAAAAUAUGACACAGAAUCGGAUGAGAUUGAUAUACAUAAAUGAUGGAUAACUGUAGUUUGGUAUAAAAGCCACAUAAGAUUAUAGACUGGUCUAGUAUAUUGAUAUCAGUAACAGCAGCUGGGGCUGUAAGCCUAAUUUUUAUAACAGUGAUAAUGUUAAUAGUUUUGGCUGCUUCAAUCCUAAGAUAUUUGGGUCAGUGUCACCUUUUAAAGACCCAUGGGUGAUUUGUUUAACUAUAGGACUUUAGAUAUCCACCAAAUAAAUGUAGGUACAACACUUGCCAGAUUUAUAGCUCACAUAUCCUUGUAAGUGAGGCUUAAAUGGAUGUCAGAAUCAACAAAAUUAGACCAGCAUUUUAGCAUUUUGUGAGUAUUUUACAGUUAUGAGUUUCUCAAAUCUCCCCCAGAAUUUAAAAAAUGACAAGUAUUUGGGAUUUUGCGCUAGAAUCUGUUCUCUAGUGGUGAAACAGGGAGAAAAAGAGCAUGUGAAGCAUCACAGCAUUAAUUGAAAUAGGUAUAUUAGCAGCAUUAUUAAAGGGUUUUAUUAACGCUGCUGAAUAAACUUUUUUUAUCUUGUGGGCAAAACUCACUGGCCGACAUGUUUGUGAAUGAAGAUCAAGGCAGAUUUCACCUGAAUUUAAACAUUAGGAAGAUCAUUUUAGUCCAUCCUCACAUCCAGGGGGCCCAGUACCACACUUGAUUGUUGCACAUACAGGUACCUGCCACUGGGAGCCCCUGAUGUUCCUGCUGGCCCUUUCAGUGGUUAUGGAAUUCCUGGAAUGUCAUGGAAUUUAAAGUGUCGCAGUGUAUUUGAAAAAAGUGAAAGUUAGAGAAGUCAACUGUCCACUCAGGUUUGUCUUAUGAACAGGUCGCUUUAAGAGGACUGAAGAAGAACUUGUUUCUUAACUAGUUUACCGACAAUACUCUGCACAAGAGAUAAGAACAUACCUGCACUCUGCUCUCGUUCCUAAUUCUCCUCUUCUUCUAAAUGGACGUGAUAAAGUUUCGACC